AAGGGGGCACUAUAGACUAACAAAAAGGACAGCUGCUCCUGCUUCUACCCACGGCUUUUGUCUGCACGCAUGCAACUCAUCUAUAAAACAUUUGACUAGGCUUUGUGAUGAGUGGUGACGCAGAAAACUCCGCCUGGAAAUACGUGUCAGCAGGAACAGUAACCCAAGUGUUCUCUGGGAAACAGAGUUCCUGUUCUGAAUUAUUGAAGAAGGCUACGAUCUCCCCGAUUAGCAAGAUGCCGGCCGUUCACAAAUUACUUCUGGAAGAAGCCUUACAGGACAGUCCACAGACUCGCUCCCUUCUCAGUGUGUUUGAGGAGGAUGCAGGGACCCUCACAGACUACUCCAAUAAGCUGCUCCAGACUAUGCAGAGAGUGUAUGGGGCCCAGAGUGAGAUGGGCUUGGCAACAGAACAGCUCUCCAAGCAGCUUCUGGAGUACGAGAAGCAGAAUUUCGCGUUGGGGAAAGGAGAUGAGGAAGUGAUCAGCACACUGCAGCACUUUGCCAAAACAGUGGAGGAGCUAAACAGUCUGCACUCGGAGCUGGCCACCCUGAUUGCAGAUCGAAUGGUGUACCCCAUGAUCCAGUUCAGAGAGAAAGACCUCACAGAAAUAAGCACGAUGAAGGAGAUAUUCGGCAUCGCCACUGACGAACACGAGGCGGCCAUGGUGAAGUACAGCCGACUGCCCAAGAAGAGGGAGAAUGAGAAGGCGAAAGCGGAGGUGGUCAGCGAGGUGGCCUUCGCCAGGAGGAAGCAGCACCAGGCGUCCAUGCAGUACUACUGCGCGCUCAAUGCGCUGCAGCACCGCAAGAGAGUGGCCAUGCUGGAGCCCAUGCUGGGCUACACACACGCACAGAUAAACUUCUUCAAGAAAGGCAUUGAGCUGGUGACAAAGAAGAUGGACACUUUUCUGUCCUCAGUAUCCAGUAUGACGCAAAGUAUUCAGUCACAGCUGGACACGGAGGCCGAGAGCAUGCGUAUGACCCAAAGAGAUCUGCUGUCUGUUGAGGACAUGGUGUACAUGCCCGAUCGGGACCUGGACCCUGUCAACCGCACGCUCAUCCAGAAAGCAGGCUACCUCAACAUCCGCAAUAAAACGGGCCUGGUCACCACAGCCUGGGACCGGCUGUACUUCUUCACCCAGGGAGGGAACCUCAUGUGCCAGCCGCGCGGUGCGGUCGCUGGGGGCAUGGUGAUGGACCUGGACAAUAGCUCCGUCAUGGCCGUGGAGUGCGAGGACCGGCGCUACUGCCUCCAGAUCACCUCGCCCACGGGCAAAACUGUUGUGUCAUACCAUCAUUUUUCAUGGAAUAAUAACAGGUCUAUAAUUCUGCAGGCAGAGAGCAAAAGGGAAUAUGAAGAGUGGAUUUGCACCUUGAACAACAUCUCCAGGCAGAUCUACCUGACUGACAACCCAGAGGCUGUGGCCAUCAGGCUCAACCAGACCGCCAUCCAGGCCGUCACACCCAUCACCAGCUUCGAGAGGAGACAGGAGGGGUCGCCCAACCCCGACAGGGCGAAGCCUGGUGGGGUGGUGGUCACUGCGGCAGCCUCCCAGAAGCCCACAGUUGCUCCUGAGCCAGACGACUUGAUAGCCCCGGGAACGCCGAUUCAGUUUGACAUCAUGCUUCCCGCCUCGGAGUUUCAGGACCAGAACCGAGCAGGGGGAAGACGGACCAACCCCUUUGGUGAAACAGAAGAGGACUCCUCUUCUGACUCUGAUGACUCGCUGCUGCAGCAGGUUUUCGCCGUGAGGUUUCUGGGCUCCAUGGCUGUGCGCUCGGGCCACACACAGGAAGUGAUCUAUGAGGCCAUGAGGCAGGUGCUGGCUGCCCGUGCCAUCCACAACAUCUUCAAGACCUCUGAGUCCCAUCUGAUGGUCACCAGCAACAGUUUAAGGCUGAUAGACCCGCAGACACAGGUUACCAGGAUCAGUUUCCAGCUCGGGGACGUGACCCAGUUUGCGGCCCACCAGGAGAACGGGCGGCUCAUGGGCUUUGUGGUGGAGUGCCGAGACUGGAGCGAGGGGGAGGAGGAGGGCUCGCCCUCGUUCAGCGCGUUUGUGUUCGAGAGCCACACCGAGGGAGAAAAAAUAUGCUACACAAUAAGCCUGGGGAAGGAGAUUAUUGAGGCAAAGAAGGACCCAGAGGCACUGGCCCAGCUGAUGAAGUCCAUGCCACUGACCAACGACGGCAAGUUCCUCCUGUUGGAGAGCGAGAGUGGUGACACAUCUAACGGUGGGGGAGAGGAGGACCUGGAGUCCGAAGCCUGAAGGCCGGGCCUUCACCCAACCCCCCCCCCCCCCCCUCCCUCCCUCCCUCCCCCAUGAUCUCAACCCUCUGUCCAUUACACCUCUUGCUAACAAUUUGCUCCAUUGAGAUUCUGAUACAAAGGGACUUUUCUGUUUUACCUAAUUUGGGUUACUUCUCUUUCAACUGGGGGUGUCGUUAUUAAUGAUGUACUUAACGAACGAAGAAGGACGUCUUUCCCACCUCUCACAGGUUUACAUGCUCAUAUGCGGCUGACCCCAGCAGGUUUACAUGCUCAUAUGCGGCUGACCCCAGCUGAGGCUAGCAGCUGUGGUAUGCUAAAGCCUGUCAUAGCCUAAUAUGUUGGCUCAUGGUAUGUUGGUCCCUUUCCUCUCAAUAGAUGUGAGUCAAUACAUGUAUCAUUCCUGCAGAGUAAGAGUUGCACUUCCCCAGAGUUCUUCUGCAUCAUGGGGCUUGGCGACAGCAGCUUGCACUAAUCUCUGAUGUUGUAUUGAGAAAGUAGAUUGUAGGGUGACAUGAAGAGGUUAUUUCCUCACCGAAUGAAGAUUCAAGAUUUGUCUUAUUGUUUUCAAAUGAUGUUCCACUACAACAGUGUGUGUGUGUGUGUGCUUUUAUUGUUUUGGUGUGAUGAGCGUGGGGUCCUCUACAUCUUGUUCAUGGGGUAAACUAACUCACCUCAAACCUAGAUAGGGUUUGACAUCUGUAUAAAACAAACAGGUUGGUUAAAAGAUGUCCUUAUUUGAAGUAUGGUUGGUCAUAGGAAAGAUGGCAAAGUUGUUGUGGGACCAAAAGAAUGCCAAUAGAAUGUGCAUGUAUUUUCUCUAAAAAUAUCAAGGCCGUCUUAACUUGAGUGUCAUCUUACAGCGCUGUUCUGAUACUACAAUGACACGGUAUCAGGACACAGCACUGCAAUCGAUUCAUUUCUAAAAGGCUCCUUUCUGCUACCGCACCACUCUCACAAACUAUCUUCAGAAUUGGCUAUCCCUGAACUAGUCAGAGGAAUCCUGUGUCUGGGUUUACAAAACACUAUAAACAGAUUGAUGUUCUGCAUACGAACUAAAGCAUUUCACAGCACUCAUGUAUCAGGCUACAGGGUCAAGUUUCCAUAAAAAAUGUAAACCAUCUGAGACUAUGUUGACAAACACAGUCUGGAUUUGAAGUGUGACUUGACAGCUACAUCAACACAUUGACAGUAUAUUCCAACUAGAGGUCUGCGCGGGACUGAUUUCCCAGUCCCGCGCCUGCCCGCUCCCGCAUUAAUGUGUCAUUUUUAGUCCCGCUCCCGCCCGCUAAAGCCCGCAUGCAGGAGGAAUAGCCUAUUCAGUUUUUCUUUCUGUC